AUGAUUACAGAUAUGCAAUUAGGUGUUAUGGCGAAUGCAUUAGGCAUUGCUAUGGUUUUGCUUGUUGUCUUCUUUCAUUACGUUACAGCUAGUCAACGUCAAAAGAAAUAA